AGUGGGUUAAGGUUCAGGCAUUGCUGGGAGCCAUGGUGUAGGUCACAGACAAAGCUUGGAGCGCUGCUAUCUAUGGCUGCGACGAAGGCCAGCAGCCGCAGCUCCAAUUAGACCCCUAUCCUGGGAACUUCCAUAUGCUGCAGGUGCAGCUCUUCAGAAAAAAAAAAAAAAGGCAAGUUGUAAUAAAGCAUGUAGGAACAGAUGACAGUAUAAUUAUAAAAAUUAUUCUGUUGCAUAAAAAUAGAUGGGAAGCUUCCAAAUCCACACUAUGAAACCAGGAUAGUUCUAUACAAAACCACAGAAGUUAAACACAUACAUGCAUGCAUACACGCAAGGCCCAGAAAAGUCCUAAAACUAUCUUGGCUCAUCAGAUCCAUCUGUGCAUUGAAAUAAUAAUAUGUGAUGGUUAAAUGUCAUUCAUAUCAAGAACUCAAGAAUUAAAAAUCUAAAUAAUAAAUGUAAAAUUUCAACAGAUAUCAAAAAUUACUUUAAAAAUAUGAAAGAAUAAAGAAAAAUAAAACUUUUUUGAUUCAAGAAAGGCACAUUUACCCCAAACUGAGAUCAACCAUCACAGUUAACGAUGAAAUACUAGGAGCCCCUCCACAAAGGCAAGGAUAACAGCUGCUUGCUACUACUAAUUUUAAGAGUAUUCGUUGCAUACUCUUGGAAAUGCCAGUCACUGAAAUUAAAUGCAAACACUAAUUUAUACGUAAUACCUUAAUCAGGUGAAGGGAGGAGCAUGGGGGGAGAAAGUGUUUCCAAAAAUAUUAAGGGUGAAACCUUGAACCUGGGAACGAGUAUUUAACUCCCAACAAACUGACAAAAGGCCAUUUACUUUGCAGUGUGGAAAGGAGUUUACAAAUAAAAGGCCCUCAGCCAAUAUUUGUUGAUUUUUUUUGAUGGAGACUUCAUUUUCCUAUAUAUUCUUUACUACCAACCUUAGAAACAGGAGAAGGUUUUCUUAGGAUUUACUCCUGGAGACCCAGAGUUUAAUUUUGUGCAUCGAAAUUAAGGAACACGACUUAUUUUUCUACAAAUUCGGACUAACAGCCAGGAAAAUGAUGUAACCACUUAGGAGGAUUACUGUGGCCAUUUAAGGGAAAAGAAGAACGAGCAAAGAAACGAAAAAAAUCACUUCUCCUGCAAUUACUUCAAUCUGCCAUCUUUUCUGCUCUAUUCUUGAAAACGGGAAUAGCAUCCACAAAACGCAAGGUGGCGCUGCGGGCUAAAAAGAGAAAAAAGCUAUUCGCCUAAAGGAAGUUGCAGAUUCCAGCAAUACGAGGAAAGCUGGCCAGACGGGGAAAACGGAGGAAAGAAAACCGUGGUAACAGGAGUUGCGGGAAAGUGGGAGUCUCUCCCCACAAUCAUUGCUAUUAUCCAGGUCCUUUCUAAGGACUUGGCUGCUGCCAUUUCUGAGAGUUGCUUAAGGCCAAGAGAGUGUUGUUGAAAGAGUGGUUAAAGGAAGAAUGGAGGCCAGGGCGCGGCGUGCUGUGCAGAAAAGGCAAGUCCUCUUUCUUUGUGUAUUUCUGGGAGUGUCUUGGGCUGGCGCGGAACCGCUUCGGUAUUUUGUGGAGGAGGAAACCGAGAGAGGCACCUUUCUGGCCAACCUAGCGAAUGACCUGGGGUUGGGGGUGGGGGAACUGUCAGCCCGGGCACCCAGAAUCGGUUCGGAUCAGAACAUACGAUUUUUACUACUCAAUCCGCUUACUGGGGAUUUACUUCUAAAUGAGAAAUUAGACCGAGAGGAACUGUGCGGCCCCGCAGAGCCUUGUGUGCUGCCUUUCCAGUUGUUGCUGGAAGAGCCUCUUGAGAUUUUCCGUGCUGAGUUAUGGGUUAGAGACAUCAAUGAUAAUUCUCCAGUAUUUCUCCAUAGAGAGAUUCUCUUGAAAAUAUUAGAAAGUACCACUGCAGGGGCGGCAUUUCUCCUAGAAAGUGCACAGGAUUCGGAUGCUGGAACCAACAGCCUGAGAAACUACACCAUCGGCCCCAAUGACUACUUCCAUAUUACUGUGCAUGACGGUGAGGAGGGAAUUCUCUAUCCUGAAUUGGUAAUGGAUAGAGCGCUGGAUCGAGAACAGGUGCCUGAGCUUAGUUUAACCCUCACAGCUUUAGAUGGUGGCUCUCCUCCCAGAUCUGGGACUGCCCUGGUACACAUCCAGGUUUUGGACGUAAAUGACAAUGCCCCUGAAUUUGUACAGUCUCUCUACAAGGUGCAGGUGCCGGAGAAUAGCCCUGUUGGCUCCGUGGUUGUCACCGUGUCGGCCAGAGAUUUAGAUGCUGGAAGUAAUGGGGAAAUAGUUUAUGCAUUUCUUUAUGCUACUGAAAGAAUUCUCGAAACGUUUCAAAUCAACCCAGCAUCUGGCAGUCUUUAUCUUAAAGCUGAACUGAACUAUGAGGCAGUGCAAACUUACACGUUAAUUAUUCAGGCCAAAGACGGUGGAGGGCUUUCUGGAAAAUGUACUGUGGUGGUGGAGGUAACAGACAUAAAUGAUAACCCACCAGAACUGGUCAUGUCAUCACUUACUAGCUCAAUUAAAGAAAAUUCACCAGAGACAGUCGUGGCUGUGUUUAGAAUUCGAGACAGAGAUUCAGGGAACAAUGCAAAGAUGGUGUGCUCCAUCCAAGCCCAUCUCCCCUUCGUCCUGAAACCAUCGGUAGAGAAUUACUACACCCUAGUGACAGAGAGGCCGCUGGACCGAGAAAGCCAAGCCGAGUACAACAUCACCAUCAGCGUCAGCGACCUGGGGACCCCCCGGCGGCACACCCAGCACAACCUGACCGUGCGCGUGGCCGACGUCAACGACAACGCGCCCGCCUUCAGCCAGCCCGCCUACACCCUGCGGGUCCGCGAGAACAACAGCCCCGCCCUGCACAUCGGCACCGUCCGCGCCACCGACGCCGACGCGGGCGCCAACGCCCAGCUCACCUACUCGCUGCUGCCGCCCUCCGACCCGCACCUGCCCCUCGCCUCGCUCGUGGCCAUCAACCCCGACACCGGCCAGCUCUUCGCCCUGCGCGCCCUCGACUACGAGGCCCUGCGCGCCUUCGACUUCCAGGUGCGCGCCGCCGACCGCGGCGCGCCCGCGCUCAGCAGCCAGGCGCGGGUGCGCGUGCUCGUGGCCGACGCCAACGACCACGCGCCCGUCGUGCUCUACCCGCCGCCCAACGCCUCGGCGCCCUGCACCGAGCUGCUGCCCCGGGCGGCCGAGCCGGGCUACCUGCUCGCCAAGGUGGUGGCGGUGGACGGCGACGCGGGCCAGAACGCCUGGCUGUCCUACCGGCUGCUGCAGGCCACCGAGCCCGGGCUCUUCGGCGUGGGCGCGCACAGCGGCGAGGUGCGCACGGCCCGGCCGCUGAGCGAGCGCGACGCGCCCCGGCAGCGGCUGCUGCUGCUGGUGCGGGACCACGGCGAGCCGCCGCUCUCGGCCAGCGUCCCGCUGCACGUGCUGCUGGUGGACGGCUUCUCGCAGCCCUACCUGCCGCCGCCCGAGGCCCCCGGCCGGGCGCCGGGCGCCGGCGCCGGCGCGGACGAGCCGCUCACCGUCGCCCUGGUGGGGGCGCUGGCGUGCGUGUCGGCGCUGCUGGUGGGGGCGCUGCUGGCCUUGGCGGCGGGGCGGCUGUGCCGGCGGGGCGGGGCGGCCUCGGCGGGGGGCUGCGCGGGGCCCGCGGAGGGCGGCGUCCCGGGCCAGCUGCUGGACGUGGGCGGCACGGGCACCCUGGCCCACGGCUACCGCUACGAGGUGUGUCUGGCGGGAGGUUCUGGAACGAAUGAGUUUAAAUUUCUGAAGCCGAUGCUCCCUAAUCUUCCAGUUCAAGGCACUGGUAGCAACAUAGGGGAAAAGGAGAACUUCAGUAAUAGCCUUGGAUUCAACGUUCAAUAAAAUAACUACUUUGAGCUUCCAAAAUUUUUACUAUCCUUGGCAAACUGCAGAUCCCUUUGCCAGUCAAUCUCUAAUAGAUUUUUGGUUGGACUGUGGUUGCUUGCAUGCAUUAUCGUUUUUCAUGCUCGCCUCAUAGUUGUUUUAAAAAUCCUUUUUAGUGGUUAUAAUGACAAAAAAAGUUUUCUGCCUUUUCACAUAUUUCGUCAAAGUGUUCUAUUAAUGGAGUAAUUGCUGACUUAAAGCUACCAGUAAGAGGUGUGUCUGACUGGAGGCUCAGGGACCACUGAUUUCAAGUUCUUGGAGCUGAUUCUUCCCAAUAUUCAGGCAGAAGCCCCGGGGAGGAAUAGCAAUGAAAAGCCCUCAUUUGGAAAUAGCUUUGGAUUUAAUUGUCACCAGGGUUUCUUUGAGGGAGUCCCCACUAUGGCACAGGGGAUUAAGGAUCUGGCACUGUCACUGCAGCAGCUCUGGUUGCUGCUGUGGCCCAGAUCCAUCCCUGGCCAGGGAAUUUUCACAUGCCACAGGCAAGGCCACAAUUUUUUUUAAAAAAAUCCUUUUAUAUUUUAAUGUACUUUUGAAGUUUUAUGCAACUAUGUCAAUAUUAGUUUAGCUUUAAAACUCCACGGUAGGAGUUGCCAUUGUAGUGCAGCAGAAACGAAUCUGACUGGGAACUGUGAGGUUGCGGUUCAACCCCUGGCCUUGCUCCAUGGGUUGAGGAUCCAGCACUGCCGUGAGCUAUGGUGUAGAUUCCAGACACAGCUCAGAUCUGAUGUUGCUGUGGCUGUGGUGAAGGCCAGGAGCUGUGGCUCUGAUUGGACCCCUAGCCUGGGAACCUCCACAUGCCUCGGGUGUGGCCCUAAAAAGACAAAAAAUAAAAUAAAAACAUAUAAAAAACCUCCAAGGUAAAUUAUUUUGCAACUUCAAGUCUAAUCUUUAAGUACUAUAUGUUUUGAUAAUGUUAUUUCAUCCUUUCUUGCAAUAAUCAACAGUCAGUCCUCAUAUCUAAAUAAUAGUUUUUAGGUUUAGUUAUUUGAAAAGAUACAUGUGCUUAUUUAUUAUUAUUUUCAUUCUAGAAAACUGAGGUCUUGAUUUUUCUUCUAGGAAAUUUCAUAGACUGCAUUUCAUGAUCCUACACACCUAUCGUACUUCAUUCACCUAAGAAAAUAUAGCUCUGUUUCUGGCAUUAAUACUCCUUUCAAUCAUGUUAUGAAAGCAUAUCAUCUACAUCUAAAUGACAGUAUUGAAAAAGAAAUAUUUCUCUAUUACUCUGCUCAUGAUAAAAUGAGCAUCAUUUUGUGAAUUAUAUUGGACUAGUGUAAUAUUCUUGUGAUAUUCUUUCAUUUCCUUGAAAUCCACUUCUCUUUUGCUGAUAUAUAAAACAGAGUAUGUCUUAUAAUUCAAACAAAAUGUAAUAACCUGCAUGAAAAUGAAUACAAAUAAAAAACAUUUUGAUCAGUUGUGUAA